AUGGGUAAUUCCCAGACCAAGGAAUCGCGAGCCGGCACGCCGCACCGUCAGCAAUGGUCCUCUUCCGAUGCCUCCGGCAGCGGCCGGGUCGUCUAUCAAAACCCUCGGUCGGGCAGAAGCAGUCGGCCUGACUUGUCUAUCCUUGGAAUCGGGAGCAGCCAUCGAGAUCGAGAUGACCGUGACGUGGCCUCACUGGAACACCGGCGCGAAACUAAACAGGAGCGGGAGGCCCGCCGCCUGGAGAAGGAACGUGUUGCUCGUGUGAAGGAGCGGGAGCGCAGUAUGAAAGAGGAGCAUGUGGAUGGAGGUUAUCUGGUCACUCAGGGUGUGUAUGUGGGCACGGAGGACUUCAAUAAGGCGGUUGUUCGACAACUGAUGAUUGAGCGACGACUGGCUCCCUUCUGGAGAGGACUGAAUGAGUUCUCAGAAUCAUGGGCGGAACACCAAAUCAUGGCCGCUGCCCGCGGCAUGUCUAUUCCCCCACCUGAUGAGAUUCCCCCGGAGUUGGAGUACACACCACCCAAGGCCAGUGAUACGAAGGCGUCGGCCGAGGUGAACAUCCAGCAUCUCACGGUGCCCAUUACCUCUCGGUCGCAAUCCCUCAAUUCCGACAUGUCGCAAACCUCAAACCCCAGCCAGUCAUUACCUUCUGCGAUCGCGUCCGGUACAUCCACGUCACCGUUCUUCCGCACCCGCGCCAAGACCCUUGCAGCUCUCACCACCUCUUCAAGGCAUGGCUCACAGACGGAUCUGACCCCUCGGGAACUGCAGCUUCCAAAGGAUCCAUUUGUCAACGGCCAGCCAAUUGAGGUCUAUCUCUACAAGGAUGCAAUCGAAUGCCCGAUCUGCUUCCUGUCCUACCCGCCGUAUCUUAACCGAACUCGAUGCUGCGACCAGCCCAUUUGUUCCGAGUGCUUCGUUCAGAUCAAGCGCCCGGAUCCGCACCCUCCAGAGCACGAGCAGCCUGAUGCCAAUGCUCCGGCUCCAGCAGAGGGCGAACAACAGCAAGCGGCUGAAUCCACCGAUGGCCAGCUGGUCUCAGAACCCUCCGCUUGUCCAUUUUGUGUCCAGCCCGAGUUUGGAGUCACCUACGCCUCGCCAACCUUCCGCCGAGGCCUGACCUAUGCCGCCGACCCGAGCGCCCGUCCCUCCCCCAACAUCAUUUCACCCGUCUCCUCCACCUCCUCCUUGGUCUCCGCACAUGCUCUCCCCACACCUGGCCGUCGCCGUGCCACCUCCUUGUCUGCCACCGAUCCCAGUGUAGUCACCACGGACAAGGUUCGUCCGGACUGGGCUCAGAAACUAGCUAAUGCCCGUGCGCAUGCGGCGCGGCGUUCGGCCGCAGCGACUGCCUUGCACACUGCGGCUUAUUUGAUGAAUUCCAACACCUCCGGGAGUGAUUCGCGCGGCAUCGGGCUGAGUCGCAGAGGUUUGCGAAGAGCUACGCAGGGAGACGCCGGCCGGUCCGGAUCCCCUGCACUUAAUGCGCUCGCAUUUUUGACGGAACGACCUGAUCGAACACCGCCUCGAGUGUCAGCGCCGGAUACCGACUCGGCCGAGGAAGGACAGGGAAAUAUUGCACCCCCACGAGACAGCUCGCGACGCACUCGCAUUGAUGAUCUGGAGGAGAUGAUGAUGAUGGAGGCGAUUAGGUUGAGUUUGGCUAGUGAGGAGGACCGGAGGAGACGAGAAGAGAAGGAAAUUCGAAAGGAAGCCAAGCGAAGGGAGAAGGAGAAGGAGAAGGAGGCGAAGAAGGCUGACAAGGCAGCUCGCAAGACUGGGUUGUACAGCAACAAUGCUAGCACGUCAGCACUAUCUGCCCCUGCUGAAAGUGCUGUGGGCAAAGCCAGUAGUUCGUCUUCCAUUGCUGAGGAGGGAUCGUCAGCAGGCAAAGGCAAAGCCGUCGAUCGUGCGUCUCCGGCCGCUGUGGAAGCCCCCGCACCUGCUUUAUCCACCACUUCUAGUCCAGCCGAUCAAACCUUGGCCCCGCCUGAUCCGUCGGGAACCGCCGAGCCUUCAAGACCGUCUCAUCUUCGACAUGUGUCUAGUGCAUCGUCAUCAAUAUCAUCCGUCAUGGAGGGCAAUGCCGGUGAUCGCACCGGCGGCCACCUGUCGGCCGACGGAAGCAACACGUCCCUGGAACCCUUGUUCAACUUUCGGAGUUUGGCCGCCAUGAUUGGCGAUGAAGAAAAGGGCCAUGAGCCUGAGCAUGUUGAGGAUAGUAUGCAGCGGGCUGAGGGCUCUUCCAGCGCAGCCCCUUCGGUUCACCAGCCCCCGGCUGAUGCAGUUGGCAAGGAUAGCGACCCUACCAAGACCGACCCAACCCCCGAGGCGAAGGAUCCCGUGGAAGUGCAGGAUAGCCCUGGUGGCAUCUUGCCCAAGGAGCUCGAGACUCGAUCAGUUGAGAUUACACACGAGGCGAACACGGAGGCUACCUCAUGA